CGUGCGCGUAGGGCGCCAGGGUCAGGUGGGGAAGCGGGAGCCAAUAAGGAAGCGUUUCGUGUAGGUCUUCUCCUGAGGUGGCGGCAGCUGCGGCCGCCGGCCAGUGGGGAGCUGGCUGAGAGGGGACGCGGCGGCGGCUGGAGGAGCGCUAGGAUAUUAGACAUGGCUACUCCCCAAUCAGUUUUCAUCUUUGCAAUCUGCAUUUUAAUGAUAACAGAAUUAAUUUUGGCAUCAAAAAGUUACUAUGAUAUAUUAGGUGUGCCAAAAUCAGCAUCAGAGCGCCAAAUCAAGAAAGCUUUUCACAAGUUGGCCAUGAAGUACCAUCCUGACAAGAAUAAGAGCCCUGAUGCUGAAGCAAAAUUCAGAGAGAUUGCAGAAGCAUAUGAAACACUCUCAGAUGCUAAUAGGCGAAAAGAGUAUGAUACACUUGGACACAGUGCUUUUACUAACGGUAAAGGACAAAGAGGUAGCGGAAGUCCUUUUGAGCAAUCAUUUAACUUCAAUUUUGAUGACUUAUUUAAAGACUUUGGGUUUUUUGGUCAAAACCAAAACACUCGGUCCAAGAAGCAUUUUGAGAAUCACUUCCAGACACGCCAGGAUGGUUCCAGUAGACAAAGACAUCAUUUCCAGGAGUUUUCUUUUGGAGGUGGACUUUUUGAUGACAUGUUUGAAGAUAUGGAGAAAAUGUUUUCUUUUAGUGGUUUUGACACCACCAAUCGGCAUACAGUACAGACUGAAAAUAGAUUCCACGGAUCUAGCAAGCACUGCAGGACUGUCACUCAACGAAGAGGAAAUAUGGUUACCACAUACACUGACUGUUCAGGACAGUAGUUCACUACUUUUCUGUUCUCACUAAACCCAACUAGUUGACUUUUCUUCAGUAUCUUUGAUGCAAAACAAUUUUCUGUGAACUAUUUUGACAAGUGCAUGACUUCACUUAACUUGAUAUAGAUAUUAAAUGUAUUUAAAUGGUUUUUGACAAAUUCAGCAACACUCAGUAGAGAAAUAGCUAAUUAUUAAUUUCCCCGAUUAGGAAAGAUUCUUUAAGAAAAAGAUAUAAUUCUGCCUGGUCUUUUUUCUCUAACUGCCCUUGGGCUUACUUGCGUGGCCAGUUUUAUUACCAAGAAAAGAUUGAGUUCACCUGAUACAUAUAUAAAGGUUAAACUUUGAAACUUAUUGUAGAUUUAAAUUGUGUGAAGUUGAAUGGUUUUUGCAGUGAAACCUUUGCUAAUUUAAAAUUGCAUGCUCUGCAGCAUCUCUGACUUGGGUUGCUAAAUGUAUAUGAAACUGUAAUUGAGUCAUUCAGCAAAGGAUACCAUUAUCUUUCCACCGAAAGCUUCAGAAAGGCAUGAUUUAAUAUUUACCACAGAACCAUACCUUUCUGCAGUAAAAUUGGAGUAAAGGAAAUGAUUGUAAUGCUCUUAGCCAUUUAGGCUGAAAGAAAGUUAAAAACUUUUGAAAUAUUACCAAGAGAUUGUUACAUGUUUGGUCCCUGGCUAAUGAUUUUGUAGCAUUGAAAUCAUAGCUAAUUUAUACAUCUUUUCACAUUUCUUUCUUAGUUGUCGGCACUCUAGGUCUCAUUUGGAUUCAUGUAUUUUUUUGUGUGUGUGGUUCCUCUUCUUUGCACUCAUCUUUAUCUAGAGAUUGACUAAUACCUCAUUCUGUUUGUAAAAACAGCCAGUAAUUUCUGUGCAACCUUAUUAUGUGCAAUAUUUUUAAAUCCUAAGAAAUGUGUGCUUUUGUUUUCACAUAGACUUAUUUCUUUAGUUUGGCACUUUUUGCAUUAUACUCCAUAUGAGUAUUAAUCCUAUGGAUACAUAUUAAAACUAGUAAAUGUCUCAUACAGCAUUGUAUGUGAGUGAAAGAAAUAUAAUAUUUACAAUAUGAUGUUCUUGGUUCUCAUUUUAUUGUUAAAAGUUUAUUCUGUAAUUCUAGAGCUAUGGAGGGUAUAUAAACAAGGCAGCUGCUUAUGCUGACCAUAGACCAUAUUCCAGAAAUUACUUUCGGCUAACCUGAAAACCCUGAUAUGGCCUUGUUUGGUUGCCAUUUGGUAAUUUGUCUUACUUUCUUAUCAUCCUCCUUCCUUCACAAAUUUUGGUAGCUUAAAGAUUUUGUUAAUUAUAAUUUUGGUUUUUUUGCUUGUUAGGAGCAAGUAUUCUUUCCUCUUUAGGCCUCAUUGGGAAAAAGGAGAGACAUUGCAUAAAGCUAUAUUUGUUAAUUACGAUCUUUAAUUUGAAAACUGUGAAGAAAAUGAAAUUCUAUUAAAUUUGUGUAUCUUAAUUAUUUUCUGAAAGGUA